UGCAUUUCCACAGUUUAUUGAGAUCAGUCGGACUCAGCGUGCAAGCUUAGCAGAUUGGGCUCUGCUGGACGAUGACCAGGAAGAGAAGCAGCCCCAACCGACAUCUCCACUGCAGGGACGACCGCCUCCACAGCACUGAGCAGAAGAGACGACACUGAGGAGGAGCGGAGAUGCUGACUCAGCUGCUUUUGGGAUGGACUGCCUUGCUCGCUUGCCUCCAGCCAGCUGCUCCCUCUGUCACAACCAGGUUUCCAUCUAGCAGAAACAGCAGGUGGUCAGCUCGGAAAUGUGAAGUCUUCAUCCCUCCUCCUCUUCCACCACCUUUGUUUCCUCCAGUCAAACGAAAAGCAGAGCUGAUGGUGGAUAUAACGGAACACAUCACAGGAGCCAAAGGGGAAAAGGGCUGCAGAGGACCCAGAGGACCUGAGGGCCAGCCUGGUGUGAAGGGUCCAGAAGGAGAUCCUGGAACACAAGGAGCGAUGGGACAGCCAGGUCAAAAGGGAGAGAAGGGGGACAGAGGCUGGCGGGGCCUGUAUGGAGACAUAGGAACUCCUGGCAUGAUAAAGGGCACUAAGGGACGAAAGGGAUUCAGGGGUGAUAAAGGUGCGAAAGGAAAGACAGGACCCCCUGGGGAGAAGGCUGAGCGGGGCACCACUGGACUGUCAGGAGAGAAGGGUGACCCAGGUCUGCGGGGCGAUGCAGGUCUGAGGGGUGAGCAAGGAACCAGAGGGGUGCCUGGAGGCAGAGGCACCAUGGGGUUGAAGGGAUCUCGUGGACCUACGGGAAAGUCAGGACGUCCUGGACCUGCAGGACUGCCUGGUCUGACUGGAGAGCCUGGACUACCCGGACAAGUGUACAUCCUACCUGGCCUGCAGGGAGACACAGGAGAUCGAGGUCCAUCAGCCAAAUGCAACUGUUCACCGGUUCAACCCCCAGAACCAGUGCUGGACAGAGUCAAGACGGUCUAUAUUGCAGAUGGAGAGAAACAGAUGAGGAGGCUGCGGGGGGAGAACGUGAUGGUGCUGAGGACAGACCGAAGAGCUCUGUACAUCUACACCGAGUCUCAAUGGAUCAACGUUCUGGAGGACCCAAGACACUGACCCCUGUCCAUUCAACACAGGCUCCAGUUCCCCUGAGCGAGACCCUUAACCCCACCUGCUCCAGUAGAGGUGCUAUGUGACCGGCAGCUCAGACUGGUUACACUGGGAAGCUUCCAGGUGUGAAUGUGUGUAACUUACUACUACAGUAUAUCUGCUCCUGUUAAAUAACAGUUAGCCUGUCCUCUGUACAGCUCCUCAGAGAUGUAUUUUUACUAAACUGUAACAAGUCUGAACCCUUGCAUUACCGUAAUAUGAUUUACAUGCAUGUUCACUGUUCUAGGAUUUGAUUGCAUUAACAAUCCUCAUCCAUUUGGUUUAUUUUCACUUAUACAGUCCUUAACUGUAUGCUUUUCCUCUUGUAAAUAGUUUUAUUUUGUGAACACAUUGUUUAUUUCAUGUACCAACACAGUGCUGCAGUGACAAAUACAGUUUGAUUCCUGUCUCACACUGAUAUCAGACCAUUGUUCAGUCUCCUCCUUGAGUGCCCAGUUGACUAAAUGGAAUCCUCUCACAGUUUAUUAAAUACGCCUAUUGCUGCCCGUCUGUAUGCAAUCAAGUAUCAUUUUGCAUUUUAACCACAAAUAUUGUUGCUACCCUGCACUGUUUUAUUUCAUGUAUUGACCCUCAACCUUACAGUUCAUUACACCUUCUCGCACUGUGAAUUAUGACCUGGCCUAACUGAACUGUUUGUCUUAACUUUAUACAGCGACCUCGCUGCUUUAUGUGAAAGUGUUUGUGGACAGUAGCGCUCUGUGCUCCCCGGAUGCAUGCCGGGUGUUGUGGGUACAUCCGAGGCCGUCUGGCCAGCUGGAUUGUUUUGGGAAAAUCUCCCUUCCUCAAGGUAUCUCAGAGCGUGCUGUAAACUGUGACUUUGUCUGUGACUCUUGGUCAGUCUCUGCCAGAGUUUGCCCGCUGGAUGAGGCUGGCCUUUCAGCUGAAAUUGGUUAACUCUGUUUGCUCUUUGCUUUUACCA